UGCAGCAGCUCAGCAGCAUUCACUGCUAAGCUAAGUGUGCUAGUUCAGUAGGUAAUCUGUCACCCAGAAGCUGGAAAGGCUGGAACACCGCUGGGCUAUACACUUUACCGGAAUGGCGUCUUUUCAUAGCUGAAGAGGACCCCCUCAUGUGGAUUCAACUUGGCGCUCGUGAUCAAGGACAGAUGUCAUGUCCAUGCUGCCACAGCAGAUAUGCAGUCACCAUACCAUUGAGAGAAGAAUGACAUUUGUCUCAUUUGAAUUCUUGGAGCGCCUUUGGGCAGAGUUGAGGCUUGAUUAAAAAGAGGCUGCUGCUUUGUGCCAAGUUGGUUUUUCUCAGUCUGCUCCUGUGCACUGCUUCUGCCUGGUUUGCAAACUUAUGGCACAGAAGGCCAAUUGAGCGAAAAGGCACUGACCCUGGCUGUAUUGGAGGAUUCAGCUUUGCUGUGGCAGUGGGGACUAGACCAGGAGAGAGGGCCCUCAGCAAUACUCAUCAUGUUGUGGGGACACUAGUCUCCCUGUUUCAGCGCUUUCUGCGCCUUUUUCUUCUUCUUUUUCUUCUUUUCCUGCAAUCUAAUCAAUUUGGAUGGUUGAACACAAGGGCGACUUUGAAGGAGACAAUCGGUGGUUGUGGUUUGGCGAUAGCUGACAGACUUCUUGCCAGCUAUUACUGGUUUAGUGCCCUUCUCCAUUGCUACUACUGCUGUUGCCCACUUUGGUCUCCAGAAUAGUAAGUGGAAGCUGCAGGCAUCAGAGUAGUGGGAUUAAUCAUUUCAUGCUGGCAUAGUUGCAUACAUCCCAUAAUUUAUUUUUACUCUGUGAAGGAUUUCAUUCCAGUUUCUUGAAGCUUUUUUUUCUCUAUGUGCUAAAAAAACAAACAAACAAAAAAAAAAAAAAGGAAAACAGCUUCAGUUAAAGCAAUUCAUAAAAAAAGAAAAUUUAAGUCACUGCAAGAAGUCUCUUCAGAGGAGGAUGAAGCUGAGGAAACAGGUGACGGUGUGUGGAGGGGCCAUAUUCUGUGUGGCUGUGUUCUCUCUCUAUCUGAUGUUGGAUCGAGUCCAACAUGACCCUGCAAGGCGACAGAAUGGAGGGAACUUUCCACGGAGUCAAAUCUCAGUCCUGCAGAACCGGAUAGAGCAGCUGGAGCAGCUCCUGGAGGAAAACCAUCAAAUCAUCAGCCACAUAAAGGACUCUGUGAUGGAGCUCACAGACACAGGAGCUGUGUCUCCCAGCGGACACCUGCCAUUCAGAAGUGCCAAUGGUUCCUGGGUGCUACCCUUUGAUGGUCGUCCCACUUUCCUCUCCAUCAAGCCCCAGGAUUGCCAAUUUGCUGCAGGCACCCGUGGUCAAACAGAUGUUCAGAUGCUGGAUGUGUACUCACUUCUCAAGUUUGACAACCCAGAUGGGGGUGUAUGGAAGCAAGGCUUUGACAUAACCUAUGAGCCUGAUGAGUGGGACAAUGAACCACUGCAAGUAUUUGUAGUCCCUCAUUCUCACAAUGAUCCAGGUUGGGUCAAGACUUUUGACAAGUACUUCACAGACCAAACGCAACAUAUUUUAAACAACAUGGUUGUGAAGCUGGCAGAGGAUCCUCGCAGGAAGUUCAUCUGGUCUGAGAUUUCAUUCUUCUCCAAAUGGUGGGAGACUGCGGACGUACACAAACAAGAGGCUAUGCGCAAGCUGAUCCUUGGAGGACAGUUAGAGAUUGUGACAGGAGGAUGGGUGAUGACAGAUGAAGCAAAUGCUCACUAUUUUGCCAUGAUAGACCAACUCAUUGAGGGGCAUCAGUGGCUGGAGAGAAAUCUAGGUGUAACUCCUCGCAGCGGGUGGGCGGUAGACCCCUUCGGUCACAGCGCCACUAUGUCCUAUCUGCUAAAGAGGACCAACCUGACCAGCAUGCUCAUCCAGAGGAUUCACUAUUCCAUAAAAAAACAUUUUUCCUCCACACGCAAUCUGGAGUUUAUGUGGAGACAGGCUUGGGACACUGGGUCAAGCACAGACAUGUUUUGCCACAUGAUGCCAUUCUACAGCUACGAUAUACCUCACACCUGCGGGCCUGAUCCCAAGAUCUGCUGUCAGUUUGACUUCAAGAGGUUACCAGGAGGACGCAUUAACUGUCCCUGGAAAGUGCCACCAAAAGCUGUUGUAGAGGCCAAUGUAGCAGAGAGGGCACAGCUGCUCCUGGAUCAGUACCGUAAAAAGUCCAAACUCUACCGGUCCAAGGUGCUUCUCAUUCCCCUGGGAGACGACUUCCGCUACGAUAAAGCCCUGGAGUGGGAUCAGCAGUACAUCAAUUAUCAGAAGCUGUUUGACUACAUGAAUUCUCACCCUGAGCUUCACGUUCAGGCUCAGUUUGGGACUCUCACCGACUACUUCACUGCUCUAUACAAAGCAAAUGGAGUGACUGAGGGAUCCAGACCGGCUGACUAUCCUGUGCUUAGUGGAGAUUUCUUUGCCUACGCAGACCGUGAAGACCACUACUGGACUGGUUAUUUCACCUCUCGACCCUUUUACAAAAGCCUGGACCGUGUGAUUGAGUCGCACCUCAGGGGGGCAGAAAUCCUCUACAGCCUGGCUGUUGCAAAUGCUCGACAUGCAGGCAUGGAAGGACGCUACCCGGUCUCGGAUUAUGCCUUGCUAGUUGACGCGAGGCGGUCAGUUGGCCUCUUCCAGCAUCACGAUGCCAUUGCUGGCACUGCGAAGGAGAAUGUUGUCAUUGACUACGGUACCAGGUUACUGCGUUCACUUAUCGGUUUGAAGAGGGUGAUCAUCAAUGCUGCUCAUUUCCUAGUGAUGAAAAAUAAAGAGUUUUAUCGCUUUUACCAAACAGAGCCUUUCCUGGAGACGGAUGACAGGCGUGCUACUCAAGAUUCUCUGCCUCAGCGCACUUUGAUCGAGCUGGACCCAGCAGGGCCGAGGUACCUGGUUCUGUUUAAUCCCAUUGAGCAGGAGCGGCUGUGUGUGGUGACAGUGCUAGUCAACACUCUCAGGGUGCGGGUACUUACUGAAGACGGACAGACCCUCCCUGUGCAGCUGAGUGCUCAGUGGAGCUCUGAUACUCAAAUGAGUGCAGAGGUAUUCGAGGCAACAUUCAUGGUUCGUCUGCCGCCUCUUGGUCUCGCUAUUUUCCAUCUGUACGACUCUGCCGACUCCCCGAUGACUCUCCGGUCUGACACCCUGCUUCGGCUGUCUGGUCGGGCCGUCAGUGCUCAGGCCACAGACCCGCUUCCUGUCCGCUCCCAGCUGGCCGACUCUCAGACCUUCUACAUAAGCAGCCAUUCAAUGACGCUGGGUUUCUCUGGAGCCACCGGCCUGCUGGAGAGUAUCAGGCGAAAGGAUGACCCUCAGGAAGUGAAGGUUCAGAUGCAGUUUGUGGUGUAUGGCACGCAUCCCUCGAAAGACAAAAGUGGAGCUUACCUCUUCCUGCCGGAUGGAAAAGCAAAGCCCUACAAUCAGAAAGAACCACCUGUGGUGCGUGUUGUUGAAGGGCCUCUUUUCUCUGAGGUGGUGGCACACUAUCAGCACUUUCAGCAGAUCAUCCGUAUACACAAUGUGCCAGGGUUGGAUAGUCUGUCUAUAGACAUCACUAUAAUGGUGGACAUCAGAGAUCAGACCAAUAAAGAGCUGUCCAUGCGGCUAGUCACUGGCAUCCAGAGUGGAGACGUCUUCUACACCGACCUCAAUGCCUUCCAGAUCCAGCCUCGUCGAUACUACCAAAAGCUUCCGUUGCAGGGCAACUUCUACCCCAUGUCCAGCCAGGCGUACAUCCAGGACGGCUAUCACCGCCUCACGCUGCACACGGCUCAGGCUCUGGGUGUCACCAGCUUGGAGAGUGGCCAGCUUGAAGUGAUUAUGGACCGGCGACUGAUGCAGGAUGAUAACCGUGGACUGGGUCAAGGGCUGAAAGACAACAAAAGGACAGCCAACCGUUUCCGACUGCUGCUGGAGAGAAGAUCCAGCAAUAACAAGAUGAUGGACAGUGCAACAACUAGCUUCCCAUCUAUUGUCAGUCACAUGACCAACGCCAUCCUGAACCACGAAGUCUUGGCGCUACCCGUUCUGCCCAAAAGACGAGGCAUCCCUCCGCUUCAGACUUUCUCUCCACUAAAGUCCAUCUUUCCAUGUGACUUCCACCUGCUGAACCUGCGCAGCAUCCAGACCCUGCAGGACCCCCUGUCUCCAUCUCCAUACACAGCCUUGAUUCUCCACCGUCUGGCGCUGGACUGUGGCUUAGAGGCUCAGAACCUCGGCUUCAACUGCACAUCCACUCAAGGACAGCUGAACAUAUCAAGUCUUUUCAAGAACUUGGACCUGCAGCUGCUCCAGCCCAUGUCUCUGACCCUGAUGCACUCUAGUUCACCACUGGCCAACGACUCCACCAUCAGCCUGGACCCCAUGGAGAUCUCUACUUUCAAGCUCAAAUUGCGUUAAAAGCCAUUUGGAUCGAAAGCAGUAAAAACACGCCAGACAUCUGGACCAACAACCAAGCCUGAGCUGACCACAUAUUGGCAACAAAGGGUUCUAAGUCUGGUUUGUUUUGUUUCUUUUUUUUUUCUUUUCUUUCUUUUUCUUUGAGCAGAACCUCAAACACUAGAGCUCAGAGCUCAGACUCUGCUGUAACAGGACCGAGUGCACAGCAGGGGGCAGGCGAUCGCUGUAACUGCAGACGUGCAGAGCAGCAAACCCGGCUGAACUUGCAGCUAUUCUAAUUCAAGAAAGACUGCCAGAAUCUCUCAUCAGAUACAACGCUGUGUGUGUGUGUGUGUGUCUGCAAUCAAAAUCAAGAUCACUUUCUGUUCUGCUUUGUAAGAAAUUGGGUCUUUUUUAUAUCAUCUGUCAACCUGGUUUAAAGGUCUGAAUGUAAACAUCCCAAAUGACGGUGGUGGUGGGGUGGGGGCUACAUACGAGUGCAAUUUAUAAAGCUUUAUUUGGUUUAUGGGAUUUUUAAUUUUUAAUGUGGAAGAAUUGAAUCACUGCAUAUCAUUUUUGUACAAGUCACUUCAAUGUUGACUGCAGUUGUUUUUUCUUUUGCUUCUUUUGUUUUUGACAGACUCGAAUGCAGCAAAGAGAAUGUUUCGUUUCACCAGGAAACCUACGCUGCACAUCCCUAAACUAUCUUCAGUUCUACAUUGGUCACUAUGUGAUAACAGUGCAAUCAUUUAUCAUAUAGGAUGACUCCCCUCCCCCCUUCUGUCCACCUUUUCUGCUUGUAGAUAGUCUGCAGAUUUUCUGUUGUCCUGUCCCUGUGCUUUCUCUUUGCUGAUAAGAAAGCUGUGGCAGGUCUCCUGUCAGAGCUCGUUGGUCAUUCCUGCGCUAGUCGAGAAGGUGGUUUUGUGUAGCAUAAUGUAUGCAGUAGAAGACUAGGCAAUGGCUUUACCUCAUGUAUGCCAUACAGCAGAUAUAUUGGUAUGCAAGUGUCUGUAGAGUAUGUUAAUCUGAUACUUGAGUAAGUUUUUUGUUGGUGUAUUGCAGUGUAAUCUACCAGGGACCAGCUGAGCUUUUGGGUAUCAUUGAUUGAUAUCAGUGGAAGAAGAUGCAAAUUUAUAAUAUAAAUUAAAGGUCAGUCACUCUAAAUGACAAAAACUGCUGGACUUUUUUUUUUUUUUUUUGCAUAGAAAGGUACAAAUAAAAUGCCAUUUGGAUAACUUGCAGCCUGUAGGGGGCUUAAUUAUAUGUGGGUAGGCAGGAAUAUUUGACUUACAGGAGAAUUUUUAAGGCUCCUGGGUAAGAGUUUGCAGAACUUAGUGACUGUUUUAUACUACAUGAUUUGUAUCUAAAAGCCAGAAAUAUGAAAUUUAUUAAGAUAAUUUAAUAUAAUGAUGGCAUAUUUGCACCGCAGGAGCUAAAUAGAUAAAUAAUAUUUGCUUAUUAAUUGACUAAAUUAAAAGAAAAUGAUAGUAAAUUGUUUACCUCGCUUAAGAUUUCUACCACAACCCCAGUGCAGUAAAGUUGAAUUAGAUCUUAUCUUUGGUUCCCAAAACAUUAAAAUACUUCUUUUCAGAAACAUACCCAUCUAUAGUGAUACUCCACAGCUCAUAUGUCUCGGAUUCAAAUAUUAAAAGGCUUGUGGGAUGGUGUUCAAUGUCACCAAUUAUUCCGGUUAAUUUAAUUUCUUUCCCCCUUAAGGCUGCAUGUCUGAUGUAUGUUGACUUCUUUACUUGGAAGAUCAGCAUGCAUGUAGAAAGGAAGUGGGCCCCGGCAAUAGCAAGAAAUGAUUUCUGUAAACAAAUAUUUGAAGAUGCCAUUAGUAUAAAAAGUUUGGACUAUAUCUCAAAACAAGCUAUUCCAAAAAUGCCUUCAUGGCUCGAUUCUACUUAGAAAUAUAUAUUCUUAAAAAUAAUUUUGGUGCACUGACCCUUCAGAAAUAAAUUUGAUCAAACACAGGAAAAUAUAUAGUUUUUUUUUAAUGAGCUGCAGUUCGAGCUCAGCAGUGCUUCUUUUCUAUUUUUUAAACCCUGGGGCUGUCUUCAGGCGCUGUAUCUGCCAUUUACAGCUGCUGUGGAGAAUGUUGUCAUCUGUGACUCAAGUUGAGGCCAGGCUUUUCACAGCCCACAUGUGUUGCACUUUGUACUGGCCAGUCAUCUCACCCACCCCACUGAGUCCCAUCACUAACUGCUUUUCAUUUCCCCCUAGUGCGGGGUCCGUGUGCAGGCUUGCUGCUGUCAUCCUUUGACCUGACAACUGGUCUGCCAGGGUUCAAAGCUUUGGCUUUGUGUCUCUAAGAACGCUGCAGAUCCCCCCCCCCGUUGCUCCCCCUCCAGCUGUGGUUGACAUCUCUUUUUAAAGCAGAUGUCACCACAUCUUCAAUUGCACUUUUUCCUGGUGUCUUAAAACCCUCUUUCCUUCUGUUUCACUGUAUGUCUGACUUGUGUGUAGACGUCUUUUUUUUCUGCCUGUGAGAUCUGUUACGCUGUUUUUGUUUGUUCAGAGGUAAUAUAUGAAUGCAGUCUAAUCUGUCAUGGUAAAUCAAAGAUGCAGAAGAGAUGGGGUGUGAAUAAAGAUUGAAACGGUC